AUGUUUACUCUUACUCUCUCAGCCCAAACAUCAAGGGUCACUGACAUCCGACCUCAAGAUACCCCCGAAGAUCCAUAUUACUACACGUUCAAAGUGCAGUGUACGUCUUGCCGCGAAGUACACCUAAACUGGGUCAACGUCAGCCGAUUCGAGCAGAAUGAAGUUCCCGGAAGUCGAGGAGAGGCAAACUUCGUGUGGAAAUGCAGGCUCUGCGGGAGGACCCAUUCUGCCAGCAUCACCGCUGGGCCAAUGGCAUUUGAUGAGUCGAAGGGCUUAGAUGGAAAAGGCCAGAAGAUCAUCGAGUUCGACUGCCGUGGCCUAGAAUUCACCGAGUUCAAGGCAGAUGGGAAAUGGGAGGCCAAAGGUACAGAGUCUGGAACCAAAUUUAGCGACAUUAGCCUGGAGGAGAAUGAAUGGUACGAUUUCGACGAGAAGCAGGGCGAGGAGGUCAGCAUCACGGAAUUGAAUGAGCAGUUCGUUCCUCUGAACCCCCGGCCUAUGCUGCAGUCCUUGAUUAACGAGGAUAUUGUUGUUCGCCUAAAAUGGGGCCAAACCGAGUAUAAAGGCCGACUGAUCAGUGUUGACUCAUACAUGAACAUUCAACUAUCACAAACCGAAGAGUUUAUUGAUGGAAAGAACACCGGCACGCUAGGCGAGGUGCUUAUACGAUGUAACAAUGUUCUCUGGAUAGGGAACGCAAAGGGAGUGGAAGACAAGGACGUCCAAAUGGGUGAUUCUUGA